GGCGUCGUGAAUUGGUCCUCCAGCGUCCCGGCGGCCCCGUCAUCCAUUCAGCUUGUGUGAUGGUGUAACACCCUCACAGGCAGCCGCUUGAGAGGCCUGUCCCCGGCCGGCGGGCAACGCACCGGAGCAGGAUUAAAAUAACAAAUGUUCGCGAACGAAUCAAAGAGGGUGGCGGGGAAUGCUUUAAUAUAUGAAAAUAAAUUAAGUGAAAUUAAUUUGGACCUGAGGAAAAUCGGGAACUGAGCAACUAUUGCAGAUGAUGGCAUCAACCACAGAGGAUUUGAAUGCAGAGAACCAAUUUUCUUCAGAACCUGAAACCAGCAAAAUUCAGCAUGGAAUGCGGGGCGAUGUAUCGCCUGAUGCAAAAUGUCCAAUCUGUCUGGACAGAUUUGACAACAUGUCUUACAUCGAUCGUUGCUUCCACAAAUUUUGUUUUCGUUGCAUUCAGGAAUGGUCCCGUAACAAAGCAGAAUGCCCACUGUGUAAGCAACCUUUCAACUCCAUUUUCCACAGUGUACGAACUGAAAAUGAUUUCCAAGAGUAUGUCCUGAAGGCAACGGAGAAUGGUUCAUUUGGCAGUCCAGGCGGCCAGAGAUUUAGAUAUCGCACGACUUUAACCAGAGAGCGCCGUAUGGCUCGCCAGCCUCGGAGCUCUCCGGUUAUUUCACCGUUGCCUGACAAUGGAGUGGUGUUUGAGGGACUGGGUCGACAACCCCGGGCACAACAGAGCCGCAACCUGCGUCGCAUGAUGAGUCGGCUGAGGGCCCGGAGGAGGGCACAGUCCCAAGGUGUGUCCCCUCGGCAGAUCCAAGAACAAGAGAUGGUCAACUUCAGGCGUGAAUUAUACCGGUCGGGGGUGCGGGUCAGGAAUGUGCAAGACGGCGGCCGCUACCGUGACGUCUCUGCUGACUUCUUCCGCCGCAAUGCUGCUUGCCUCCAUCGCCUGAUGCCGUGGCUGAAGAGGGAGCUCUAUGUCUUGUUUGGCUCUCACGGUUCAAUUGUCAACAUUGUGCAACACGUCAUCAUGUCCAACAUUGUCCGGUAUGACAUGGAGGGUGAGGCAUUCCAAGAAGAAUUGAGACCCUUCCUGCUUAACCGCACUGACCACUUUUUACAUGAGUUUAUCAGUUUCGCCAGAGCUCCAUUUAACAUGGAAUCGUAUGACCAGAGGGCCAACUAUGACUGUCCAGCCCCAUCCUAUGAGGAAGAAAGUGACUCAGAUUUGUCUGUAAUUGCAAUUUCACCUGAUGCUGCUGAUCCUCUGCAAACAGACAGACCAACGGCUAAUCCCUCGGAGCUGGCUCUUAGCCUAAGUCAGUCGACGUGGGAUGAUGAAACACCUGGCCCUUCCUACUCAGUCACACAAGCCUUAGAGGCUGGGAAUUCCUCGCCUGAUGAAGCCUCUGAUUCUGAAGAGGCUCCAAUGCAGCCCGAGUCAGUGUUGCCUGUGGUGCCAAUAAAGGCUGAUCCUGGUACGAAGGAAGACAGUUCGACUCGCUCGGGAGAUGAUUGCUUAAUCGUGGGUUACGUGAAGCCUUUGGCUGAAAGGACCCCUGAGCUUAUUGAACUGAGUUCAGACUCUGAGGUUUCCAUGCAUGAAACGAGCACAGAAGUUGCUGCGCAGUCUGCGCACACACGUUUCCACAGCAGCAGCACCAGCAGUUGCUGCUUGUCAACCAGGUCGUCCUCAGCCAGAUCCUCUAUCUCCAGGGACCGGUGGAAAAGAAAGAAGUCAAAACGGAAGAAGAGGAAUAAAUCAAAAAGGGAGAAGCAUCGCAAAAAGAGUUCCCAUUCUGGAGGUAGCACCUCAUCUUCAGGCAGGCACAAAGCAAGGGCAUCAGCUAGGGUCAGAAGCAGUUCCAAGGAUCGAUCCAAGUUUCGAUCACAAAGCAGAGAGAAGCAUGAUCUUCGGAGACACCAACGAUCAGAUAGCGUAGACAGAACUAUGGUGGCUUACUCUUACUGCAGAAGUGAGCAUCAAGUCAAGGACAGGAGCCAAAGGUCUAACAGAGACCAAUAUUUAGAAGAUAGAAGCAGGUCGGCCAGUCAAGAAACCUGUACCUAUCAAACGUGGAGCAGAAAGAGGUCUAGGAACCGAGAGAGAGCCUCAUCUACGAGAAGUCGCACAAGGUCACAGAACAGUGAUGUUGUGGUUUACAGACACCGACCUAGAUCGCGCUCUUGGAGCCGAAGCUAUGCAUCAGUGAGGGACAGAAGAAGAUCCAGAAGUAGAGACAGGACAUACAGAUAUAUGAGAGAAUAUCAGGAAAGAGACAGGGGUUUCUCAUACCAGUGGGAAAGAUACAGUUACCACAGUAGAACACACAAAGGUCAUGAUUCCAUAACCAGAAGUAGGACUCGCUAUCGGAGAACGUCACCUUGUUCGGAUUAUAGAAUUCGAUCUAGUUCUGAAAGUACGAGCUUCAGAAGCCCAAGUAGUCACAGAGAAGAUGUCUAUUAUCAGUACAGAAAUUAUCGUUCAAGAAGUCCAUCGAGUUCCCGGUCCAGAACUACCUCAGGGCGAACUGAUAGGUUGAGGCAAGAAAAACCAGGAGGCAAAAGAAAAUAUAAGACUCAUUAUUUGGAAAGUUCAUCCAACAAAGAUGACAAAAAUGCAAAUUUACAGAUUGCUAAGAUAUCGUCAGAGAUUCACACUCUGCCUAGAAGGGAGGGCAGCUCUCCCAGGCCCCAUUCUCAAUGCAGUAGCUACUCAAAAAGUGGCUCACUGGUGGCUGAGAGCACCAUAAGCAGUGAACCCAAGAUGAAACAGCGCAGAGAGAAGCGGAGGAGUUCCAGUGUGGAAAUAGUGUACGAGGGAAAGGCAACGGAGGCAAGCAGACGUCAUAAGCGGAAAAAGAAACACAAGAAACAGAGGAAGGAGAAAAGCAGCGGAAGGACAGAUCGCACAACUCAUUCACCACUUGUCAUAACUAUUGAAAGUGAUAGCGAUGAGGUGGUUGUUGCAGAUGUGGACAGUGACAACAGCACCCUGAGCAAAACCACCAAUCUUCUUAACAAUCUUGGUGAACAACACCUCACAGAGACUCAGACUGCCCAGGAUCUUCCCAGUGCUACUGAUGAUAUUUUAUUCGGAAACACCAGCACAGAGUCCUUGGAUGUUUGUGGGCUUCCCACUGAUUCUGAUCUUGUUCCUCCAUAUUCAAGCAGACAGACUUGUCUUAAACAAGAAGGUGUAAAUCCAGUAAACGAUGCAGGCAAUUAUCAGAACUUUAAGGGGCAGGGGCAAGAUAAUGGACAGCGUUGUCCUUCACCAAGGACAACUCUUUCUAAAAGCACUUCAGACAGACCACCUUUGAUACUGAAAAUUCCAAAGAGGUUCUUCAAUGGCACCAAACUGUUUAACAGUUCAAUGGAAAAUACAUAGAAAUGGUUUCCUGAGACAAGUAGUUUGAAUUGGGAAAUUUCUGCUCCUACCCACCCCCCACCCCCACUUCCACUCCAGGCAAAUUUAUUAGAUUGAUAUUGUAGCAGCAAGCAGAUUACUAAAUGUGUAGUCAUCAGCUAGCAUCAGAUGUACAGAUUUGUUUUAAAAAAAAUAAAGGAUUCCUGCGACAUUACUGUUAAUACUGUACUAAUAGGUUUUGCGUGCAGAUAUUGCUAUGCUGUGACUGGGAAGAUGUAUGGUGCACCUGCACAUUGGGAUUUUUUAUAGCUUUUGCAUUUUAAGGUUGGACUAUUACUGUGUGAAGUUGUGAGAAGUUAUGUGGAUUAAUUUAUACAAGUGUUAUCUUUUCAUCAUGAUUUUAUCAUUGCCAAAAGUAGAUCACACAAGUUAGCCCUUUAAUUGCUCCAGGUGCUCAGUAAACAUACACUUUGCAGGCAGGAGUUUUCAGAGAGGUUAAUGGAACUUGCACUUCUGUAAAUAAUCAUACUUGAAUGUUCUAAAAGAGUUGCCAAAUAUAUAGAACAAUCAAAUUGGCAAUAAAGCUUUUUUUAAAAAAUCAUAUUGCGAGAAUAGUUUUUAAAUUUUCUGGUGAAAUUUCUGCAGACCACAUUGAGAGAUUACUUUGAAGAGAUGUGGAAACUCCAUUGACAGCUGUACCUAUUGGAUGGUGGACCAGUUCUGAAGCCCCAAGCUUCAGACAGGCUUCACCAGCAAUAACAAAUCAGCAGGGUAACCGUUUUGUUCUGUGUCCCAACAAGCAGGUUUCUGGUGUUCUUCACACAAUGGCUGCAGCAUGGAAGGUGAACAUAUGGCCCAUUGAGUUGUACUCUUUUUAUCUAUGAGGAGUGCACCUGGACCUUUUCCCCUGCCAUUUUCCUUUAGCUGUGGAAAUUCUUUCCUUUUAGAUACUUAUGGUAGUCUUUUGAAUUCUGCAUUUGAAAUCUGUCUUCAAUAGCUCUCUUAACAGUGCAUUCCAGGUUCUGACCAAUUACUCUCCAUGAAAAAUAAUCAUCUUCAUGUCACAUUUGGUUCUUUUGCAGAUCAAUUUGUUCUGUGACCUGUGGUUUUUGAUGACCCUGCCAAUGGGACCAGCUGUUCUUUACCGAAUCUGUCUCUGUCCCUCAUGAUUAAAAUCCCCCUGUACAAUCCCUCUCCUCUUUUCCAAGGAGAACGUCCUUAUCCUUUCCAGACAAUCUGCAUAAUUAAUAUCCUUCAAACAAGGAAUAAUUUUGAUAAAUCUUUUCUGUACUUUCUCCAAAGCCUUCACAUCUUUUUUAAAGUGUGGUUUUCUGACUGGACCCAACUAGAUGUUGUAGCUUUCUGUUGCCCUACUUAAGACUUUCAGAAAACAAGAAAAAAAUGACGGUAGUACAUUGAUUCUGAAUUAAGGAAUAUAAUUAUUUAUGUGUUUGUGUAAUUUUUAUGAAGCAUCUUGUAAUGUUACUAAAAUUCUCAGGAGCAUUGUGAAGUAUUAUAGAUGACUUCCUGGCAAACUUUCUAGAAAGUUGGUUUAAAAGAAAGUCAGUGAAGGAGGUGCUUUGAAUCUCAUGAUAAAAUUUAAUGUUAUAAUUCCAUUCAUGAACUCCUACAUUAUAAUAGUGAUUAUACUGCAAAGAUACUUCCAAAUACAUCUCAAGGCUAUAAAUGGUGCUUUAAAGAUGCAUUUGUAAUCAUUCUGUUUUAUUCCAUUGUAAAUUGACCAUAAUAGAAAUGUGAAAAUUCAAGCCCCUUCUGACAAAUGUUGAAGGGCUUAAAUGUAGAAGAUUGCAGAUGCUGGAAAUCUGAAAUAAAACUCUUACAACUAUUAAGAAAGUUAGCAUCUGAAACAGUUAAUCUCUUAGAUCCACAAGCUCUCAUUUGAUCUCAAAAAAGUGUUUUGAGUUGCAGAGGAAAUGAAGAUAACAGUGGCAAUAUCUGUAGAGGAUGGAGACCAGUGAAAUUGAAUAGCAGAAGUGAAUGUGCUGGUGAAGAGAGGGUGAUGAAGGCUUGUUAAUCAAAGCUGAGCAGUUUGGAGGAGAUGUGCAGGAACAGAAAGGAAGAAAAUGUAACAGUGAAUUCUGGAAAUAAGCAGUUCAAGCAACAUCUUUAAUGGGGGAUAAACUAAGUCUGCUUUAGGGGUUGAUUUCCCCUUCAGAAGUAGACAUUUCUGAUACAAAAGUAGGAAGACUAAUUAAUAUUGAAAUUCAUAUUAAGUUCUUAGGGCUAGAGAUGAUGAGAUGCUGUUUGUUGAGUAUAGGAGGCCAAAGAGUGACAUCUGUGUGAGGAGGAUGGAGAACUAGUGAAGGGCAAUUGGAAACUAAGGGUCAUUCCUGGUACCUGAAUGAAGGCAGUGCUUCCAUCUGUUUUUGAUUUCACUAUUGUAAAUGUGAGUAUCAAAUUCAAUAUACUAAAUUGUAACAAGCAGAAGUGAAUUGUUGCUCUACUGGGAGGGAUAUUUAGGUUCUUAGGAGGGUAAAAGUAAAAGGGCAGGUGUUGUAUCCCCUGAGAUUUGAUGGGCAUUGGAGAUGUGAAAGUUACAGGAAAAAAGAGUGAACAAAAAUGCUGAAGGGAUAGAUGUGCCAGGUGCCUUUCAAGUUGAAGGUGCUGAAAAUUAUGAAGGGUGAUCCACUGACUGUAGAGAAUAGUGGAGUGGAGGGUGAGGAUCAGGAGAACCCUACUCUUGGUCUUACUGCCUAUUACUGGUGUUUAGGACAGCAAUGAAAGACACCCCAUCUCUAGCGGUGUUCAGAGCUUUCUUUACCGUGUUAGUAGCUUCUUCUCAGUUUUCACCACUGUCAGUCAUACAAGUCCUGGGUGGAGACUUGGCAGUACUGUUGCACUCAGAUGUAGAUGGAUUCUUCAUCAGUGUGUCCAUAACAAUUUUGUUUUACCAGUCAGGUUUAUUAUCCCUGAACUGAACCUGGAGGACCAGUGGACCACUCUUAAUCUAGCCUCUAUCCUUUGACCUGUUUGGCAUGGGUGACCCUACCAAGAGCCAAAGUAUAAAGCCCUGACUCCAGCCAGCAUAGCUCUCUGGGUCAUUCAGUGAAAUUACUGAGUGGAAAAGCCAAAAAUUGCAUAGCCAAUGGGGUAUUUCAAGUAUCGUAACAGACUGAAGUAGUGAUUACAUAAGGGGAAAAGUUUACAGAAGAGGGGGUUCAGAAGUUUCAAUGAAUUCGCUUUUGACUUUGCUGGAUCUAGUCAUGAUGAACAAAUUGUCUGAAAUGUUGCAAGUAUCAUUGAGAAAAUGUUUCAGAAACUGCAACCAUAGUGGCCUAAAAUACCAUUUUAGAAAAACAAGUAUGUACCACUCUGAGCUAAAACUGAUCAAUUGAAGGAAGGCAAUAUCAAUGUGGUGAGAAGAGAUCUGGCCUCAAAACAAAACUUAAACAGUAAAAUGGUUUUGGGGAGCUUGUUCCAUUGCAAUCUAGAUAAAUUCCAGGAGGAGAAAGAUUUGGAAAUUAAAGCCAGAGUUUGUGAAUAACAAAAGACAAAAGGAGCAAAUGUCAGAUUGAUGAUGCGAGAUCCGGAUGAAUUUACAGAAAGUUAAAUUAAGUUUAAUAAAUGGAAAUUUUAGCAUAGAGGGUAAAAGAAAGAAAAACUGAAACAAAAUGUAAACAAAAAAAUCUAUAAUAAUUUAGUGAUGGGAUAACAAAAUGACAGGAGAGCUCAAACAGAGGCAAAAAGGAGACCAACUCAUGGAGCUGGAGGUGAGAAGAAAAUGUUACUGAAAUCGCAAUAAAGGAGGAUGUAGUGCAGAUAAUACAACAGUAAUGGAAUGGAUGGGGGUGGGGGGGUUCAGCUUAAAAAAACUAACUGGACUUAAAUACGGUAAAUCAUCUGAAUUUGUAAUGGUUGAAUCCAGUACUGCUGAAGGAGGUCAGGAUGGAAAUUACAGCACUACUAGCCAAAAGUUACAGAUUCAGGCAGGAAGUUGAAACUGAUUCUAUAAAACAAAUAAAAAUUUAGUAAAAGAAGUGAAAUUCUCAGACUGACAUUUUGGUUGAAUGCUUUGCUUCUUUUUGAGAUGAUCACCUAUUUUGUCCAAAGUGACUACUAUUCAAUCAAAUGAGCAGCUUUUGUGACACAAGAUGCAAGUUGCAGGUAUGCUAAGACGUGAACAGCAUGCUAUUGCGUGAAGAACAUUUUGUGGUUGAUGUCCAUUUUAAAAUAAGCUGUUUUAAAUUGUAAGGUAUUGGGCAAACUGCAUACAAAACUAUGUUCAUUGAACAGUGUUCUAACAAAAGCAAGUUGUGGAAAUUGUCAAACAAUGCCACUUGUUAAUGAUGUGGAGAGAUCUGUCCUCAUGAUCAGUCCCACACUAGUAAUCUCACACUCUUGUGAUUCCAUGAUCUUGUGUUUUUAGCAAGAUGUGCUAUCAGUUAGCGUGGGCAGGAGAUGAGUCUGCAGCCUUGGACCCUCAAUUCACUGGCAUACCCAAAUGUACUAUCAGUGGCAAUGUAUAUAGUAUGUCUCUCAUCUAGAAAAAGGAUUGAAUCCAGCUACAAGAUAUUGAAUAUGUAAUCCAGUUUCAUAAUUAAGUGCAAUUUCUUAGGUGAACUGCCUGUCUGUGGGUUUGGGGCUUAGGAAAUUUGAUUAUUUGAAGUUGUUUCAUAAUGUUUAAUAUUGUCUUAAACAUUAAUAAAAUUCUGUGAAUU